GCCUGGGUGUUGACAGGUCGUAAACAUGGAGGAAAGAGAAGCGCUGAAGAGACAAAUUGAACUUCUUCAAGAUCUCAUCAAUAAACAUAAGAGCGUCCAUGGAGAUGCGCCGUUUGCAGGAUCAGAACCGAGACAUCCUCAAGUUCCCACAGCAGCCAGGGGAGGAGGUUUUAGUACAUCUGUCAACUAUCGCCAUAGCUCCAGAGGGAGACCAUAUGCUCCUCAGAGUCGGGGAAGUUGGAGGAAAACAUAUUCACUGAGAAAUACCCGUCCCCCGUCAACCGUGGGACAUCCCUCAAUUUCAGCCUCUUCUUCCCUUCAUCAGUCUCAUCCUCAGGUCAGAACUGAUAAUGUGUCCCUGCCUGGCCACAGCAGGGGAAAUGCGACUGAUCUCACUAAAACUGCCACUUUACUAUCGGGGAGUCCUUCUCAACAAAAAGGGGAAAACAGUAAAGCAAGAAUAAAGGGAGCAGCGGCAAACAAAUUGCACACAGAUGCUGAAAAACAAGUGCCAGCGAGCACCAGUGCACAUCAUAAGGCCUCGCAGGCUCAGGUGUUUCAACAAAAGUUUGACAACAGAUUUGUGCUUCUGUCAGAAAAGAAAACUGUAGGCUUCUGUACAGAUCCUUCCUUAGUUAACAUUAAUAGUUCUACGAGUUCUCAAAGCAGGACUGAAGUGCAGAACAAAACUUGCGUGAACAGCAAAACCAGCACUGACGUAAAGAAGACUGUUACGUCUACGACUCCACCACUUCCCCCAUCUGGUAAGAGCACACCAGCUCUCACUGCUUCCUCCAGAGUUUUAAAACAACCCGCACAAAAUGUCUCCUCGCAGAGCAUCAACACUCGGGUUCAAGCAUCUUUUGUGAAAAAGUCCAAGUUUACAUGGGUGAAGAGCCAGACUCUAGAAGCGGAGUUCAGAGCAGUCAGCUCAGCUUCCUCAUCCGUGAGCAGAGUUCUUGCUGCAUCAGCAUCAAAAACUGGACUUUCUACUGAUAAACCGUCAACAGCAGCACUCAGUAAGAGAACGCCUCCCAAGAAAUUGGCUCGGAAGCUUAGCCCAGUGGCUAUAGCCCCCAAGACAUCGAAGUACAAAUGGGUCUCCUCCUCUAGACUUCAGGCUAGGACGCCUCGGAAAGUGUCGUCUCCAAAAGCCUCGACUCCUCCUCAGAGAAUCCUGGAGAGGGGAGACACUGUCAAAAAAGCCAAAGCAGCGUCUGCUCAGUCUGUAAAGCUUAAAAAGGGAACUGCAGUUUCUCCUGGCACUUCUUCAUCUGUGAAUCGUUACCGUUGGAAGCCUGGAGGUCAGAGCGCCGCAGCGUCAGGAGGGGCAGCAGUGUCUCAUCAUACGUCUGCCUUCCACUGGACGGCAGAGAAAAACAAAGGAAUAAAAACUGGAUUUGUUGUUUCUCCAUCUCUAACUCAACGCUCCCCCCUCCUGUCCUCCACCCCUCGGGGAUUCAAACUCCGCAGCAGAAUGAAAAUCAUCAGGAAGUCUGCCAGCAGUGGCACUGGAUCAGAAAAGGGGGGGAACCUGCCAUCGGUAAAAUUCUCCCCACGGACUCAACUCCACGCGCCGAUCAGGAGUCCCGUUGGAGUUCGAAGGACACCUUCCAGGGAGCUCGUUAGUUUUGGCCGACACAAGUUGAGGAGGCUUUCCCCCACUUCGUUAAAAACAAAUCCUGCGUCUUCGUUUUACAGAAGCCCCGCCUCCCAGCGGGUGUUCAGGACACGCUACAAGAUGGUGACCCGCCCGAGUUCUGGCACCUUGACCUACGCUCUCCCCUACCACCCCACCCUCUCCUGGCGGACCAAGAAGAUCCAGUCUGCCAGGAGUUUCCUUCAGAACCGCCUCAGGUCUCCUCACGACAGGCACCCGUCAUUUUCUCAGCGCUGGACAGGAAGUGGAAUGUGCUGGAUUCGAGGGUCCCUGUACAGAGUGUCAGCCAAUAAACUGUCCCGCACCAGGACGGCAAACAUGUCAAUCAACCGAACAGGAAAGUCCUCCGGCCCACACGUGUCUCCUGUUUUGAGCCGUCACGCCAGCCGCGCGGUCCAGAGGAGCAUCGCCAUCAUCCGACACGCUCGCCAGAAAAAGCAGCAGAAGCAGUACUGCAUGUAUUACAACCGCUUCGGCAAAUGUAACCGUGGCACAAGCUGCCCCUUCAUCCACGACCCGGACAAAGUAGCUGUUUGCACCAGGUUUCUCAGAGGGACGUGCAAGCAGGCAGAUGGCGCCUGCCCGUUCUCCCAUAAGAUUGCCAAAGAGAAGAUGCCGGUGUGUUCGUACUUUCUGAAGGGAACCUGCAACAACAACGACUGUCCCUACAGCCACGUUUACGUGUCCCGUAAAGCUGAAGUGUGUGAGGACUUUGUCAAAGGCUACUGUCCCGAGGGAGAGAAGUGUAAGAAGAAACACACCCUGGUGUGUCCGGACUUCUCCAAGUCCGGCUCCUGCCCUCGAGGCUCCUGCUGUAAGCUGCAGCACCGCCAACGGGUCAAACGGAGCCCCGACGGCACCGCCUCGACUCCUGCCAAGAGACCCCGCACCAAGGAGCCUGUGAAAAGGCCUCACCUGUUUGUCCACAUGCCACAGAACGCUCAGGCAGCUCCAGGGACGCCCCCUGCGGGUCCUCUGGCCCUGCCAUCCUUCAUCUCCCUCUCCAGCUCUCCCGAGGAAGCAGAAGCACCGAAUGCUCAUCCGGCUAACGUGGCACAAGUCAAAGAGAAAAAGCUGCAGAUCAAACCUCGGCUGUGAGACGUGCAGGACCAGAGGUGAAAACAUC